UAUAUGAAAAAAAAUCGAAAGCAGUCAGUAGGAAGCUCCUCCGGGACACGCCUACUUCCGGUGAGCAGCUUCCGUCGCGUGAUAAACACGGGCAUGUUGCUGUCCAGCGUUGCUCGCGCGCUCAGACAGACGCCGCGGCCCGUGCUCACACUUUUCACUAAGGAGCCCUGCCCUCUGUGUGAUGAAGCCAAAGCAGCGCUCGAGCCGUACAGACACAGGUUCGAGCUGCAGGAGGUGGACAUCAGUCUUCCGGAGAACAGGGUCUGGUUCGACAGAUACCGGUACCACAUCCCGGUCUUUCAUCUGAACGGACGGUUUCUGAUGAUGCAUCACGUGAACUCGGCUCUGCUUGAAAGGAGUCUGGAUAAAGCCACUGAAGUGGAUAAGUAA